UUAAAAUGUUGUUAAUGUUUUAGUGAAGAAGACAAGCUCCAGCUGAACAUUUCAUACUGGUACAGUUGAGCUGGUGGAGCGAAGAUGAGAGCAGAAGUCAACUACAGACCUCAAGCCUGCUUCUUUCUGCUCUAUAUUCUGCUACAAUUCCCCACAGAUUCUCUUGGAGAAUCUGGAAUCUCCAAGGUCAAUGCCCAGAUUCACCAGAACAACCUCAAAAGAACACAGUUUCCGGAUGAAUUUCUGUUUGGAGCCACUACCUCUGCUUACCAGAUUGAAGGGGCAUAUCUUGAAGACGGCAAAGGGAUUAAUAAUUGGGAUGUUUUUUGCACCAUUAAAGGGAAAAUACAGAACGGGGAAAAUGGGGAUGUUGCAGAUGAUCACUACCACCGUUAUCUGGAAGACAUUGAUUUGAUGCAUUAUCUUGGGUUGGAUGCAUAUAGAUUUUCCAUUUCAUGGGCUAGAAUUUUACCCAAGGGAAGGUUUGGUGGAGUAAAUCAAGCUGGAAUUGAGUUUUAUAACAAGGUUAUAGAUAAUCUUCUAUCGAAAGGAAUAAAACCGUUUGUGACUAUACAUCACCAUGACUAUCCCGAGGAACUUGAGGAUAGAUAUGGCGGUUGGCUGAGUUCUGAGAUGCAGGAGGAUUUUGUCUACUUUGCUGAAAUAUGUUUCGAGAGUUUUGGAGAUAGAGUGAAGUACUGGAUUACUAUCAACGAGCCAAACUUGUUUGCAGAUAUGGCGUACGAGAGGGGACAGUACCCGCCUGCUCACUGUUCGCCCCCUUUUGGCAACUGUUCUGUUGGGAAUUCUGAUGUCGAGCCUCUUAUCGCGAUGCACAACAUGUUAUUGGCACAUGGCAAGGCUGCAAAGGCUUAUCGCGACCAAUUUCAGGCUAAACAAGGUGGAUUGAUAGGAAUAACUGCACACAUGUUCAUGUACGAACCUUUUUCAAACGAUGUGCAUGAUCAAGAAGCUGCAAAUCGGGCAUUAGCAUUUAAUGCAGCUUGGACUUAUGAUCCUUUAGUAUUCGGAGAUUAUCCUCCCGAAAUGCGUUUCUAUCAUGGGAGUGAACUGCCAAGCUUCACCGCAGAGGAAAGCGCCCUUAUAAAAGACAGCAUUGAUUUCAUCGGGAUAAACCAUUAUGGCACUUUGUAUGCAAAAGAUUGCCUUUAUUCGAGGUGCAAUUGCACUGGAUCUAGUUGCAGCAAAGGCUGGGACCACGCUAUACAGGGAUUUUUAUAUACUACAGGAGAGAGAGAUGGCGUUUUGAUUGGAGAACCGACAGGCAAUCCUCGAUUUUUUGUUGUUCCCAGAGGAAUCGAGAAGAUCGUGGAUUAUAUUAAGGAGAGAUAUCACAACAAGCCCAUGUUCAUACUUGAAAACGGAUACUCUUCCCCGAACAAGACAGGAUCAGUUCUUGACAUAGAGAAUGAUGCUAAGAGAAUAGAGUAUCACAAAGCAUACCUUCCAUUUUUGGCACGAGCAAUCAGCAAUGGUGCUGAUGUGCGUGGGUAUUUCAUCUGGAGCUUCAUGGAUUCAUUUGAAUGGACUGAUGGCUUUGAAACAAGAUUUGGGCUGUACUAUGUUGAACCUCUCACGCUCGAUCGAUUCCCCAAGCUCUCUGCAACAUGGUACAGGGACUUCCUCUGCAACAACAUACAAACAACAAAUUCAACUGCCCUUCAUUCUGAUCUGUAGAGUAAAAUACCCAGAUGGUUUAUCCACAAUAUUAGUGAGUUCAUUUUAUUUUUUUUCUUCAUAUUUUGGUUCUAAGAAUUUCAACUUUGUCUACAAAUGUUUUUGACUAUCGAAUUUGUACCUAUUUUAGUCACUAAAAUAUAUACAAAUUUGAUAGUCAAUGACAUUAUAUGACAAAAUUGGAAGUUGAGGAUCAAAAGUGGGGUAAUUGCGAUAGUCAACAAACCACUUUAAAUAAUUUACUUGUAUUUUAUA